CAUAAGUGCAUGUGAGCCUGUCAUGUGUGUGGUCCUAAAUAAGGUUUGCAUUGUAGUUAUAAUUAUGGCCCUACAAGCGACUGGCUAAAGUUUCUAUGUUUUAGACAGGCAGCCCUAGCUGCAGUGCAAUCAAGUGAAAGAUGAUUUUGCUAAAGAUUUUUGCUAUACUGUUGCAGUACAGUUUGUUGGAGUGUAAUGUAUGGGCCACAUCUGAAGAUCUUUAUACCAGUUAUUGCUCACAGAGUGAGUUUGUAGUACAGGUUAUAUCCGAUCAAGCUGUCAGUAGCAGUCAAUGCCACAUUCAGAAUCUUACGUGCACUUCUUUACAAGCUGCCAUCACUUUCUUAAGCGAAAACAAGGGCUAUGAAAAUUUAACUAUCUGCAUACAAAAUUCCAGUACACAACUCAUUUCAAGUAAAGUACUCUUCCAAAAUGUUAGUCUCCGAGUAGUUUCAAAAGAAUAUGUGCUGUUGGAUUGCGUUUAUGAUUCCAAUCUCGUAGAAGAUGUUGCAAAUGGUACCGACUAUACUUGGUACUUCAAUGAUUCCUUCAUGAUGUUGUUAGUAAAUGUUCACUUCGGAAAUUGUCCGUACCCUAUAAGGAUUGCUGGGGUGCAGAAUGUCCGUAUACAGGACUCAAGUUUCAAAAAUUUUUCUGAAGCUGUGCUGGAUAUUUUGAAUUGUGAAUCUGUCACUCUCAACCGUGUUCUGUUACAAGAUAAUGUCGGGACUGGUACUUUUAUGCAAUCAUUUAGAGGGAACACGGGAGCUCUAUCCUUAUCAUACCAAAAUUAUUCAACAGCAUUUCGUCCACCCAACAUAAAACUCAGCAAUUGUCAGUUUAUUAAUAAUCGUGCUGAUGCUACUGAAAACCUUCUUAGCACCAAUGAAGCUCUAUCGAGGAACAUUUUUACAGGUAGAGGUGGCAGUAUAGGAAUAUUUAUAAACGAGCACAGGAAUGAUGUAUCGGUACACAUUGAAGACUCGGCUAUUGUUGACAGCUAUGCUAGGUCUUUGGGUGGUGGAGUUUUCAUGAUAAUCAAUGGCCGAUUACCAACACAACACAUUGUUAACUUCAUAAGGACCAACAUUUCUUCGAGCAAUGCACUAGUUGCUGGCUCAGGUGUGUUUCUUGGCUACCUAUCUGCCACUGAUACUGUGUUGACACCACAUUCAGUGGUAUUCAAACAGUGUAAUUUUGUCAAUAACACUGGCUUUUCUGGUGGUGGUGUGUACAUUGUUACAUCCUUUCUAGGUAGCAGAGGUAACUAUUUCAGGUUUGAUGGCUGUACAUUCUCUGGAAAUAGGGGUGUAGGCUCUCCAGACGAAAUUGGUGCUGCGAUUAGUGUAGUUCUGUUUUCUAUAUUUGAACAGAGGGUGUCAGCAGUUCGACACGACAUUGUAAACUGCACGUUUGCAUUCAAUUCUGGUGGGAACGGUAUAGUCAGUAUUGGCUAUGCUCCUAUAAAAUUUUCUGGUAGAAACGUGUUUAUUGGUAACAACGGAGCUGCACUACGGAUAAUUGGAAGUCUGGUUGAUUUUGAUGGGGAACUUACCUUUAUCAACAACACUGCUCCUAACGAAGGUGCGUUGAGCUUGCUUUCAUUUGGUCAAAUAAGAGCUCAUCGUGGACUGUCUCUCAAUUUUAUUGGAAACAAAGGGAGAGUAGGAUCCAGUAUAGUGGUCUCAUCUCCUCCUAGUCUGCUAGGUUUCACUAAGCUUAUUGGGAACCCUCAGUGCUUCAUCUUGUAUGAAAACAGUUCAAUCGUACCAUCUCAAUGGGACAAUGUCAGAAUAAAUGUCGAUCAAAAUUCUGCCUUGCUUGGAUCAGCCCUUUAUCUUCCUCAGCUGGGACCCUGUUCUUGGACUGCUAACAUGCCAUCUUAUUUUGACGAUUUCUCCAUACGAGAAUGGCCUGCAUGGAAUUUUGGGAAUAACAUCAACACUGGCUAUGUUGAUCCAAAUAAUCCUGAAUACUACAUUGGAUCCAGCGCAAGAAAAAUUUUAGUCAGAAACACAUUGGUGGAAGCUUGGCCUGGAAAGCAGUUUCCAAUGUCAGUCGUAGGAGUUGAUGAAUUUCAGCAUUUCACUUCCACUAAUGCUCAAUUUCUUCAAGGAAAUUACAGCAGUAAGAAUGACCUGCUGACAAUCGCUCCCGGGAUUGCUGUCAUUGCCGGUUCUUUUGGAACUGGACUUCUAACGGAUGAAUUCAAAAUGAAGUACUAUGUUUCUGAUGAAAACUAUUUCCUUCAACCAGCUACUACUGUUGAAAUAGAAGAGCCCUUCGAAACAGCACCUAUUUCUGCUGGUAAUUUCACGGUGAUACCUCAGACAUGCCCUGGUGGGUACCAUCUAACUGAACAGAGGGAGUUCGCUGGCAGUGGUCAAGGAGUUGAUAUGACUUGUGAAUGUCUUGAAAGGACUGAGGUUAUUGCAUGUGAAGAAGACCAAGACAGCAUCAUCGUGAAAGAUGGCUACUGGGUAGGAUACGUCCUAACACAAACACCCAACCUUUUUUUCUACCCCUGUCCACCUCAAUACUGCCGUUGUACACACAACAGUAGUGUCGGUCCAGAUAGAUGUGUGUUCAGGUAUACUCAAAGCGUCCCAGACCUGCAAUGCAAUUCACAAAGAGAAGGCCUGCUCUGUGGCUCAUGCAGGAAUAAUACUGGGGUUAGCGUACUGCUAAACAACUGCGUCAGUUGCUCAAAUGGCUUCAUUUGCCUUAUAGUAGCGCUUGUUGUGUUGGAUAUGGCAGUAUUUGUUUUCAUCACACUGGUGGAUUGGCCAAUCACGGAGUGGCUGUAUCCUUUCAUCUUUUAUGUACAGGUUAUUCCUUUUGUAUCACGCUACUUUCCUGAGAGUUUUGAAACACUUGGUGUUUACCUGACGUACGUUCAAAGUGCUGUUGGAUUUUAUUUUGUGUACGACUUUUGCCUUCUGGAAAAUCUACCCCCAUUGGCGUCUUAUGCACUCCGCUAUCUUCCUUUCUUCACGGCACUCGUAGCUAUAUCUUCAGUAAUAAUUAUAAGAAAACUUCUUCGGAUUAAAUCGCUUAAGUAUCAUGGAUUCUGGUUGAUCCUUCUUCUACUGUAUCCCCAGCUGGUCAACACGUCCCUAACUCUCCUUAACUGUCCGGAGCUGAUAAACUCAAGUGGCUCUAUAAAAACAAGAUGGUUCAUAGAUCCAAGUGUGCAGUGUUUUGUUGGAUGGCACAUUCCUCUCUUUCUCUUCGCAAUCUUCAUAUUAUCACUCUGCUGUAUUAGUGUUGUUGUUCUUCUUAUAUUUAUCUACAAGAAACCAAAGUUUUCAGAAGACAUUAUUGCUUCCAUGGUUAAACCAUUGAAUGAGAGCACUCAAUGGUGGGCCGCAAUUGAGCUUGGGCGAAGAUUGUUGUUGCCACUGCUAGUAGUUGUUUUCCCUCUGAAUACAGUGUACGUGGUUCUCCUCCUCAUUACUGUUCUCUCAACAACCUCGUUCUUUUUACCUUACAAAUCGUUCCUGUCUAAUUCAGUGGAAAUAAUUCUGCUCAUAAAUGUGACUGUGUUAAUGCUUUUGGAUGCAACUCCAUCAAUUAGAGAGGCGUUGUUUACAUUUUCUGAAAAAAGUGAUGUGAGCCCUAUCAGUUGGCUACUGUUUUCUGUUUACUAUCUUCCCAUCUUACUCUUUAUCGCUAUUCUAGUUGGGGACAUUGCACACAGAAUUGCUAGGAAAUUAAAUUCUGCUGCUGACAGUAGAGAUAAAGAUAAAGAAUCGAUACCUUCAAAACGUCAAGUAGUCCAACCUCCGGCUACCACAUUAGUGGUAGUUAUAACUGAUUCUGAUAAUCAAGAUGAAGGUGAAGGAACUGUGUUGGAAAGUUCUAUAAAUGUAGUAUUAUGAUUUUUAGCGUGCAGUUAAAUGAUAUGUUUUUUCACAUUUUUCA